AUGCAGUGGCGCAAUCUCAGCUCACCGCAACCUUCACCUCCUGGGUUCAAGCAAUUCUCCUGCCUCAGCCUCCCUAGUAGCUGGGACUACAGGUGCAUGCCACCAUGCCCAGAUAAUUUUUUGUAUUUUUAGUAGAGACAGGGUUUCACUAUGUUAGCUAGGUUGGUCUCAAUCUCCUGAACUUGUGAUCCGCCCGCCUUGGCCUCCCAAAGUGUUGGGGUUACAGGCAUAAGCCACCACGCCCAGCCAGCAUUGGCAUCUUUUUAUGACAAAGGUAGUUUUGAGAAUAUUAAUCACACAUCCAGGUGAGAAAACUAAGACAUUAUGAAAUUUCGGGGCUUCUCAAGACCAUAAAAUAAAAUUAGAUACAGCACAUCAGGGAAACUGACCGUUUCCACCACAUAUUGUGAUUGUUGCUUUGCCUCUGUAUGCGGCUUCCCCUGGGCUUGGUGCACUUGCUACUGUUUUGGUGACUCUCAGGAAAUACAGGAGAAUGGGACUUAAAUAUUAGACUCCAGCAUUGAUUCAGUAGCAACAUGGAAUUUCCACUUUCUAGUUGCCCUUCGUUUGAGGUUAACGAUUUAUUCUGUCUUCCACACAGGGAUGUUGGGAAGACAUACUCAUAAGAGGGUUGUUUGCUUUUUAAAGCACACACUUCCCCAGAAGGGAAGACUCAGGGCUAUUGCAUAUGUGGCCAGUUUUUAAAAUUGUUGUUGUUGUUAAGAGGUCACUUUAGUUCAUCAUUUUCUUUUUACUGAUGAGGAAGAAACGGAGAAAGAUUAAAAGACUUGUCAACAUCUCAUGAAGCAAGGAUAAGUUUUAGCAGAGCUCAGGCCUUUUGAUUUUCUGUUUCAUUCAUUUUUUACUGUAUUUCAUAUUUUUUGUGUCUUGGAAUUCAAGCUGUUUGUGUUUUGCUAAUGUUUUCUAUGCUUCUGCAAGUUUUUAUGAGACUCCUUCAAAAUUUCUUUCUUUAAUUUUCCACACCCAGGCCUUUUAUAUCUCAUAUUGUGCAAUAAGAAAAAAUCAGACUUACAGAGGCUGUUCAUCCAUUCACUUGCUUUCAAGUUGAUCACUUACGAGACUUGAGAUAUGCCCUCUGUCUCCGUGCCUCUCUUUCUUGUUCCCUCCUAAUUUACAGUGCCCCAUAACUGCAACCAUGCCCUUCUAGGUUCCCUGUCUGCCCUCCUCAUUGCAGUCAAGCUUGGACUUUGAUCCGUUGCUAUCCCAGAAUGCUUUGUUCCGAGCAUCUUUAAGCCAACUGACUCAAACGUUAGCCAGAAAAGAGCAAUUAUCUCUUGAGGUAAACAUUCAUACUGAAUGAUCAGGAAUGGUAACAUCAUGAUCAAAUGGGGAGGAAAGUCACAGCUGUUCUCCAUCUGCGAGAAAGCUGAGAUAUGUUGACAUUGUUUUAUAUCGUCACAGUGUGAAACCACUUAAAUCUUAACAGUACAUGUGGGCAUGUAUUGGAAGAAAGACGCCACAAAGAUUACGGUCUUUGGUCAAGCAGUUAGAGAGAGGGGAAGCUUCAGUGGUAGAUCUUAAGAAGAAUUUGGAAUAUGCAGCCACAGUGCUUGAAUCUGUGUACAUUGAUGAAACCAGGAGACUCCUGGAUACAGAGGAUGAGCUAAGUGACAUUCAGUCAGAUGCUGUGCCUUCUGAGGUCCGAGACUGGCUGGCCUCCACCUUCACACGGCAGAUGGGAAUGAUGCUCAGGAGGAGCGAGGAGAAGCCCAGGUUCAAGAGCAUCGUUCACGCAGUGCAGGCUGGGAUAUUUGUGGAGAGAAUGUAUAGACGGACAUCAAACAUGGUUGGACUGAGCUAUCCACCAGCUGUUAUUGAGGCAUUAAAGGAUGUGGACAAGUGGUCCUUUGAUGUCUUUUCCCUCAAUGAGGCCAGUGGGGAUCAUGCACUGAAAUUUAUUUUCUAUGAACUACUCACACGCUAUGAUCUGAUCAGCCGUUUCAAGAUCCCCAUUUCUGCACUUGUCUCAUUUGUGGAGGCCCUGGAAGUGGGAUACAGCAAGCACAAAAAUCCUUACCACAACUUAAUGCACGCUGCUGACGUUACACAGACAGUGCAUUACCUCCUCUAUAAGACAGGAGUGGCGAACUGGCUGACAGAGCUGGAGAUCUUUGCUAUAAUCUUCUCAGCUGCUAUCCACGACUACGAGCAUACCGGAACCACCAACAAUUUCCACAUUCAAACUCGGUCUGAUCCAGCUAUUCUGUACAAUGACAGAUCUGUACUGGAGAAUCACCAUUUAAGUGCAGCCUAUCGCCUUCUGCAGGAUGAUGAGGAAAUGAAUAUUUUGAUUAACCUCUCAAAGGAUGACUGGAGGGAGUUUCGAACCUUGGUAAUUGAGAUGGUGAUGGCCACGGAUAUGUCUUGUCACUUCCAACAAAUCAAAGCAAUGAAGACUGCUCUGCAGCAGCCAGAAGCCAUUGAAAAGCCGAAAGCCUUAUCCCUUAUGCUGCAUACAGCGGAUAUUAGCCAUCCAGCAAAGGCGUGGGACCUCCAUCAUCGCUGGACAAUGUCACUUCUGGAGGAGUUCUUCAGACAGGGAGACAGAGAAGCAGAGCUGGGGCUGCCUUUUUCUCCUCUGUGUGACCGAAAGUCCACUAUGGUUGCUCAGUCACAAGUAGGUUUCAUUGAUUUCAUCGUGGAACCCACCUUCACUGUGCUUACCGACAUGACCGAGAAGAUUGUGAGUCCACUAAUCGAUGAAACUUCUCAAACUGGCGGGGCAGGACAGAGGCGUUCCAGUUUGAAUAGCAUCAGCUCGUCAGAUGCCAAGCGAUCAGGUGUCAAGAGCUCUGGUUCAGAGGGAAGUGCCCCAAUCAACAAUUCCGUCAUCCCCAUUGACUAUAAGAGCUUUAAAGCUACUUGGACUGAAGUGGUGCACAUUAAUCGGGAGAGAUGGAGAGCCAAGGUGCCCAAAGAGGAGAAGGCCAAGAAGGAAGCAGAAGAAAAGGCUCGCCUGGCUGCAGAGGAGCAGCAAAAGGAAAUGGAAGCCAAAAGGCAGGCUGAGGAAGGCACAUCUGGUAAAGCUGAGAAAGAGAUGUCUGGAGAAGCUAGGAAUCAAGUCAGUGGAACACGGGCACACAAAAGUGACAACCCUCAUGGGAAAGAUUCCAAAGCUGAGAAAUCGUCAGGAGAACAGCAACAGAAUGGUGACUUGAAAGAUAGUAAAAAUCAGACAGACAAGAAGGAUCACGCUAACAUCGGAAAUGAUUCAAAGAAAACAGAUGAUUCAGAAGAGUAAAAAGACCUCAUAGACAAUAAAAGAGGCUGCCAAUGUCUUGCAUCAUUCUAGCUGAGCUUCUUCAUUCUCCUUCUUCUCCUUCUUCCACAAAGACCCAUAUCUGGAGAAGGUGUACAACUUUCAAAAACAAGUCCCCCUCCAACCCUUGGCCUUCUCUCACAGCAUCUCCUGCCAGGGGAUGACUCUUUGGGGGCUGGUUUGAGGUCUUAGAACUUUGGGAGAUAUUCCCCUGAGCAAACCAAACAACUUGAGAUUUUUACUCUUUAAAAGAAAUAAAACAUGAAGGGGCAUCCUCAGAAUCCUUUGCUCAUGACCUGGCUUUCAAGGCACCUGUCUUACCUGACGAGAAUGGACAUCCUGGGUAUGCUGGGAGGGGCCUGAAAAAAGCCACACACACAGUAAUUGCCAUUUUAUGACUGUCAAUGCUGUUGCUUUACAUGUUGUCAUUUUUGCACUAGCUACUGACGAUACGGCCAUGCUAACAUUCAUCACAGCAAAGAUGGUGAUUCUAGUUCCUGCUUCCUUUCCUGAGUCAGGAACAUGAGUUUAAUCCAAUUUCCUUUCAGACUUAAAAUUGUUCUUAUGCCUUUUCCCCCCACAUGUAUAAUAUGUCAUUCUGUUUGUUUUCUAAAAAAAAAAAAAAAAAAAAAAAAAAAAAAAAAGAUUAUUCUAUAGGAAUCUUUAUUUGAUGCUUAAUUUAUUUUCUCUGUGCAUUCCUAGUAUAAACCUUAAUGUUCAGCUGAUGACCAUACUGUUGAGUGAGAACCUAUUGUCUUCACUGGCAGCAUCUGGAACUAAGUGGUUACUCAUAUUUGGCCACUGGCUGGUCAUCUUCUUUUGGAUAUCUGUGGUUUGACUUCAUCACUCUUCUUUUUAUUCAGUCAAGUGCUAAAGGAAUUAGUAUCAGGGAGAUAUGGCAGAUAAUUCUGUGCAUUUUAGCGAGUUUUAAAAAUACAAGGUAGAAGUGGAUUAAUGGCAUGAAUCAAAAAUAAGAAUAGUAGAUGUAGCAUGGAAAGAUAAUAGCAUUGCAGCCCCCUUGAAACCACAUUACAGGUGGGAUCUAAGGGAGUGCAAGUAAGGUGCGAUUUUAUGGGUCUAAAUGAUGUGAUUUGGAUAAAAGUAUUCUUAAAAUGGGGUUUGGUUACAUAGGAAUCUCUGAGUCCUUUCCAAGAGUAAAGCACAUGCUGGUGAGGAAGUGGGGAUUAGAAAUAGGAAGAAAGAGGCUAGGCAAUAGUUAAGUGUAUUCCCCACUACAGAUUGAAUUUCUACAUAAAAAGCACGAAAACAGAUAUUUAAACGUCCUUUCCCUACUAAGGUGAAAUAUUGGCGUUUUUUCAGAAAGAGACUGUGUGGUCUACCAAGACCUUUGCCUUGCGGAAAUGUUCCCCCAACAGAAACAUUUGUAGAACUUCCUCGUACAGAAUGCACAACAGUAUGCCGAUGUUUAAACAGAUUUAUUCUGCCAGCUGUACGUUUUGCCUUGGAGAAACACAGGUUCUUCUGUUGUGCUCCCUGCUUUCCUAACAAUGACCUCACUACAUAAUGUGGCCACAAAUUCAGAUGGCUUCAAGAACCUAUCAGGUCAAGUAAAUGAAUAAAACAAGACAUGUAAUAUUACAGUCAUUGUGGUAAAUGCCAAUUUGUAGUGGGCCUUUGUAUCAGUGAGACAGGAAGGAGCAAUGGGGACUGUAAGAAAUUGGAGAGGGUGAGUGAUGUCAAAAAGGGGUAGUCGGUCGGUAGCUACUAGAUCUGAGCUGUGAGGCGAUGGGGGUCUUAGAUACCUAGGAUUUGAUAUAAACCCUCUCCAAAUUUUUACAUAUUGACGACUAACUCAAAAACUUACAAACACUGUGCUAGUCAAAUGAAACAUGCCUGUGAACUGUGUUCAAUCUCUGGGACAUCAGUUUGCAGACUAUGUUCUUAGAGGUGUAUGUCAAUUUUUGACCUUGGUACAUGGACCUUUUACCUCAUUUAUAUUCUGUAUUUUUGUAUGUGGAGCUUUUUGGCCAGCCAAAAUAGAAAGUCUACAGCUUCCGUUUUAUAAUCCAACAAGCUACACGCAACAACAUUUGAAAAAGAAACAGGAAUAUAGCCACUUUUUUCUAGCACUGAUAAAAAUGCAAAUGUUUUUCAUUUACUAUAAGUCCCUAAUCAACUGAAGAAGAAUGGAAAGAGAAUUUCAUUCCUUAAAGAAUGAAAAGUUACACCAAAAAUUCUCAGUGAAGUAAAACAAAACUCCAUGUAACUCAUUAUUAGCUUUAAAUCUUUAAAAAGUGUUUUGAAGAGAUAUUGAGUAAAAAUGCAAAGUUAUCUGUUAAAAAUACAAACUGCUAUAUUAGAUGAUGCUAUGAUUUGAUACUGGAGCUGAUAAAACAUUAAAAUAGUUAUUCCAAAUCAGUGCUGACUGGAACGGCAAUAUUUCCAAAGCUUAGCUUAUUUUCCGUGGUCUUUUAAUUCUCUUGAAACAGUCUUCUUCAAGUUAAACAGCAAUUUUGGACAAACAUUAUUUUGUUGCACAGAUUAUGGCAUCUUCCUCUAGUUUACACACACACAGCAAGGGCUUACACUCCUGAAUUAAGAAUUGACCAGUGUGUGGAGACAGUAAGUCCCACCACAGACAUACCCACACACCCCACACGUUCCUGGGUAAAAUGUGACAAAUUGAGUUAGCCCUGGAAUUUGGGUCCCCAUAUCAUCAAAUGGCUCUACAUCUAAGUUGUGUUAGUGUGGCAUGUUUCAGUGGCAUAGUGACCCAUUCUUAUCGAGGCCUUUGUUCCAUUUUCUUGUGUGUGCCAACUUUCUUAGGUUAUGAGCCCUCAUGGUUUAUGGCAGCAGGCAAGAGACCCAUUUCUAACCCAUUAAAUUCAAAUGGACUUCGUUCUGUCCAUUUCAUUUCUGGAGCUUUUAAAAACCACUGAAAGGCCGGGCGCGGUGGCUCACGCCUGUAAUCCCAGCACUUUGGGAGGCCGAGGCGGGUGGAUCACGAGGUCAAGAGAUCAAGACCAUCCUGGUCAACAUGGUGAAACCCCGUCUCUACUAAAAAUACAAAAAAUUAGCUGGGCAUGGUGGCGCGUGCCUGUAGUCCCAGCUACUCAGGAGGCUGAGGCAGGAGAAUUGCCUGAACCCAGGAGGCGGAGGUUGCAGUGAGCGGAGAUCGCGCCAUUGUACUCCAGCCUGGGUAACAAGAGUGAAACUCCAUCUCAAAUAGUAAUAAUAAAAAAAACCACUGAAAACAUUUGACAUGAUCUCAUUGUGGAUCUGAUACACUUAAACAGUAAAAUGAUACCUAAACAUCUGAAAGCCAAAUAAUAACCUAGUGCAUAUGUGAUUCAUUUGUAGAAUUUAAGUGAUGAUGUUAUAUUUUCUACUUGGAACCAUGCCUUUAAAUACAAAAGUGAAAAGUAAAAAGCAACAUUAUCACAGGAUGUGAGACAGUGAUCCAAAAAGUUGGAGGCCAAUUUUUGUUAUCCAUAUUUUGGAAGUAUGGAUAUGGUUUAUUUUAGUCUCACUUCUCUCAUGGGUCACUUUUCUUUAGAUAGAUAGAUUGAUUGAUAGAUAGAUAUUAUAUUUUCUUCUUUCUUAAUCUAUGAGCAGAGCUUUUGAUGACGGAAAUUACUUUGUAGCAUUCCCCACAAAGCCUAGGAAAAACAAUAGGAGAAAAAGCACAAAAUCUUUUUCUUGUAGUGAAGUAGAGAAGAGUCUGACACUGGAAGCCUGCAUAUGUAAUGUUCUAUCCCAAAUAAAGAGAAUUCAGGGAAUUCAGGCAACACUUUCUUUUUCCUAAUUGGAAACUUUGUUCUGAUUCAGAGAUGCCCACCCACCCCACAGGAGAUGCAGUGCUGGCCCACCACAGUGCUUGGAACCUGGUCAGCAUUCAGGAAACACAAGCAGAAUCGUCUAACUGAAUUCCACUAUCUACUUGUGAAUGCAAACAAAAUUCAAAUAUCCCUGAAAAUGUAUUCAGUAUCUCCUAUAUGCCAAGCACAUUGCUAAAGGCUUAUCUUCUUAUCUUCUAAGUAUAUGCAGGCAUACCCCACUCACACAAAUAGCUUAUCAUAAGAGAUGGGAAAUUGCAGGUAAUUUGGGAGAAAUUGUCAUAGCCAAUGUACAAAAAAAAUAAAAUAAAAACUUUCUAUGGCCUCUUGAUUUAAGAAAAAACAAAAUAAUAAAACAGGAUUUAUUUGAGAAUGUCUUUCCAAAAGGGAUGAUGACAGCAAUCUCUAUGAAACAUCCGUGGAUUUACUGAAAAUCCAAGUUGAAACUUUAAAAAUUUUAAACAGAAUAUCCUGAAGCAAAUAGGAAAUGCUCUAUGUGCAGCAUGAGGAAUCACUGCAUAGUUCUGCUCCACCAAUAAUCCAAUUGGUACAGCACCGAACCAUGGCAAAAUUUGACGUUCAAGAACAUAAUAUUGCAAUAAUGAUGUUAUAUUGGAUCUUAUUCAUGAACAAAUGGGAAGUAAUACUUACAAUUUAUCCACUGUGAUCCAUGAUUAAAGCCCUCAUUAUCACUGAGAAAAUGAAUUUAAUGAAAAAAUUGCAAUGAGCGGUGACGAUAUUCCUAUAAUAAAACCUCCCUCUGGGGAUCAAGAGACAUAUUACCUGCCAAGGCCAGAUUUCAGUGUUUAAGGUUUCCUCUCACCAAAGACACUGGUGGGCACAGAGAUGACACUAGAAUUAGAAUGUUACCGGAGUCAUUUACAUUAGACAGUUUAUCUGAUCAUGAACAUGGGCCCAGGAAGAUUAGAAAACUGGGAAAUAGGCUUCUGAAGGUUCUUCUUGGACAUUUGUAAAAAGACCGAGUGCUUAUCCAGGAAUGUCUGAAUUAAACAAGAAUAUUUCAUAUUUAAUAUGAAAUAGCUUCUUGUUUUCAUAUUAAACAAGGAACAGUCGUGCAGUGGAUGACCUGGACUGAAAGAUGUGUGAUGGUCAAGUUUAAACAUUAUUAAUUCCUGAUUGUUUUCUUAAAUAUCCUCACCUGAUUCAUUUUUAAAAAAAAUAUUGCCAGACAUAUUUGACAUGAAUUCAUGUUUAUUCUGGCUUCUGUUCCCAAGCAGAAGUGGAUUAAUCCUGGCAAUGGCUGGCUUCAUUAACUGUACUUCCACUCAGCCUGGGCUGCCAUCUGAUGAGCCAGGAGAAGCAGGGAGUGGGGUGUGGGCCCUUUCAGUGUGCUCAGGGCACACUCAUUCAGUCUCCCCUGAGGAGACCUUGUCACCCUUGGGUGUAAAUGCUUGCUGUGGCAGACUAGAGGCAGUGCCAGCUAAAGACCCAUCCUCUCAGCUUUGGUCAGCUUCAGCUAGGAUUCCUGAACCUUACUCAUGUAUUCCUCAUGAGUGCUGGCUUCUGAACCUGUAGAAUCAUUUCUCAGUCAGUUUUUGGUGCAGGGUAACUUAUUUAAAAUAAAGCCCAUUAAAACCCAGUGGCUAUAGAAUGCGUUUUAAAUAGAUUGCCCUGAGACACAUCCUUGUACAGUCUUUGCUUCCCUCUCAUGACCUAUCUUGGGGUAGAAUUUGUGUACUACUAUCCUUGUCUUUGAGCGGGUAUAUGUGUGAUGGUACAGAAAUGCAGUCACAUAUUAUAUUAAUAUAUAUAGAUGUAUAGGAAAAACCUACAGCCAUAGGUAUUGUCCAGUAACUGAUUCUAGAAGAACUAUAGAGAAUACAUUUCCUUUUUUCUUGCUUUGAUGAUAUUUUUGUACAAUUUUAUAUGCUGUAAAAUUUUUAAAAAUAUAUUUGCUAUUUUUAUUUGUAGACCUUGGUUAGGUGUUUAUCAGCUCUUGUGCUCACUGUACAACAAGAUUCCCCCAUCUGAUUUAAGUGUCUUCUCCUUUUCAAACUCUUUGUUUUCCAUGUUUUUCUCCUAUUUUUCUACUCUUCACAAAUUUCUUCUUUUGCUUAUGUUCAGGUAACCCAUUCUGCUUGCAGUAUCAUUCUAGCACUUACAAACACAAAAUAAUGGGAAAAACAAAAGCAUCUUGUUCCAUGUAAUUCACAUGGGGACGUUUUGGGUGUCAAGUCACUGGGGAUAGAUGGGGAGGCAGAAAUAGAUUGGGAAAACGAAGCAGGAAGAAGGAAGUCUUUAUGGGAAAUCAAUUACCCGAAGCAAAGUGAGUCACUUAGAGGCAAAUAUGAUGUUGUUACUGUUUCCCUUAGUGUAGAGCACUAUUUUUGCUACUCACCGUGGGUCUGUAGGCUCUCUCCUCAUGAGGGCACUAGGCAUGUGUGAAUGGAAAAGUCAACCCAUCUCCUCAGCUUUAGAUGUUGCUACUGUUCAGCUGGAUUUGCAAGAGGUAUCUGGAAAAAUAUCAAGAACGUUUAGCAAGACUCAAAAGAGAGAGGCAAGAAGAACCCAAACUCAAACUUCCAACCAAUAUCUAGCUGAAUAAAUAGUUCUUUGGAGGAAUAAGGAAGGGAUCUCUGGAUGUGUUCUGAGAAUGGGAGGAUGGUGAUAUGGAUUUGUUUUGAUUUCAUAGUAGUGAUAGAAUGUACUUCCAUGAUGUGAAAUACACUUCUGGCAGAUAAAAUGCAGGGUGUAAUUUGCAUUUUUACAUCACAGGGCAAAGGAAUGGCCAUCCAUUCUAAGGAAGAGUGUCCUGUUCUCUAAGAUGCUGUUUUGUACUAAAACAAUGUAUCCAAAUGCCAUAGCAUCUAUCUCCAGAUGCAAAAUUACAUCGUAAGGAUUCAUGUAAAAAAAAGAGUAUACUGAGCUGCUCUCAGAAAAAUUAAUGAUGUGUUCAUUGUAAAUCUUUAUUGCACAAGUGAGCCUGACAUUCCUUCAAUGUAAAAUGUUCCCCCAGCAUCUAGCAAUGCAUAAGUACUUGUAUGUUCUUCUGAUGACCAAAUAAAAACAAUGAGUUAACCUCUUAAUUGGAGAUGGAAAAAUGAAAA